CCUUUUCCUUUUCCCUUUGCUUUCUUUUUUGGGUAUUUUGUUCUUCCCCAACUGUGCAUUAUUUAACUUUGUAGAACAGUUUUUUUUUUUUUGGGUGCAAUGGAGAUGGAAAGACUUCGCUGUGGCACUGUUGCUUUGGGAACUAUGGUGGUUGUGGCGGCUUUGAUUGCUCAGAAGUCUCUUUCUUGGCUUCUCUUUGCGUUUGGAUCUCUGCCAAUUGAUAUUGAUUUAUUCAUGGAUGCCCUCAGAGCAGACAAGAGGUUUCCUUUAGGUGAACUUAACAGAGUGACCGAGCCUGAUGCUGAAAACAAGGAUGCUAACGAAACUGAGGAUGACGAUGACGAAGACGACGACGAUGACGAUGACGAUGACGGCGAUGAUGACAGCGAUGAGGAUGAUGAUGAUGAUGAUGAUGGAGACGAAGACAGUGAUGAUGAUGAGGGGGAUUCUGGGGAUGAUGAUGAGGCUAAUGGUGACGGAGGAAGUGAUGAUGACGACGACGAUGAUGAUGAUGAGGAUGAUGAAGAUGAUGAAGAGGAGGAAGAUGAUGAAGAGGAGGGUGAAAAGCAAGCUCAACCACCUUCCAAGAAGAAAAAGUGAGAAACCUCACUGAUUCUUUUCUUGCUUCUUUCUUCUUCUUCUCCGAGUUGGGUCUUAGGAAGUUGGUUGUUUUUAAUGUGAUGAAACAUGUCACAUUUCUUUUUGUCACCAUGAUAUCUCCUUUUUUUGUCUGGCUGAUAAUAUGUUAAUUAUGUUACAAAUAUCUUGCCUUUUUAUAUUCAAAUGAAUGGCCAUUUUAUUAUGAA